AUGAGCGACAGUACUAAGGAGCGAGAAACUAGAGCUAGAUUUGUGGAGGAGCCUGUAGCGCGAUUGGGAGGGAAAACUAAUAAAGUCCUGCGGAGCGCUAUGAAAAAUCAGAGCAAAAAGGGACAUGGGGAUAAUGAUCAAGAAGAAGUAGAAUCCUCUCCAUUGUUGACUUCUACACCACCAACAGUGUCUAAAGCGCUAGUAAGACUAUACCCGUAUUUGAUAAUAGCGGACAAAGUACUGAGCAUAAUUACGUGGACGAACGAUGACAUCUGGCCCAGCGUUCUGGCGGUAGUGGGUUACAUUACAGCUAUUUUAUAUUUUCAGAAUAUUCUGAGGUUUUUUGGACAUCUAGUGUUGGUAGGAACACUAUGGUGCUACUCUUUAUUGGACACUUUUGUGGAGAAUUCGAUCAAGGAAAAACCUACCCUUGAUGACAUUGUUCACAUUAUUACUUGCGUGAACGCCAAGGCCGACCUUUUGCUAUCCCCUAUUGCAGUGUUGACGGGCAACGAUGUGAAAAGGCUGCUGUUCACGACCAUUUUCCUCUCGCCAUUAUAUGUGAUUAUCACCUUAUUCAUAUUCCCGCCGCGCCGUCUACUAUUGUUUAGCGGCGUAUAUUUGUUGACGUACCAUUCUUCCUGGUCGCGGGUGAGUCGAAAGCUGCUAUGGAAAUUCAAGAUUGUGAGGCUCCUCAUCUUCUACAUUACUGGGUUAGACUUGAGUGGAAUCAACAAGAAUCAGGGCAUUUUCGCGGCAGUGCAAAACAAAGUCAACAAGCUGUCGUCAAAGAAGGGCAACACCGAGGAUGGCAAACCUAUUAGAUUCACGUAUGUGCUGUAUGAGAAUCAGCGGCGCUGGUUGGGCAUUGGAUGGACCUCCAAUAUGUUGAGUUAUGAAAGAGCGCCGUGGUCGGACGAGUUUAUAAAUGAGGCUCCAUCCCCAGAGCAAUUCAAAUUGCCUGAAGAAAACAUGGGGAUGACUUGGAGAUGGGUUGAUAGGACAUGGAGACUCGACAUGACUAAUGAUGGCGCUAUUCAAUUACCUAGUACACGUCCCAGAACCACGGCGCAACCAAACUCCGACGAUGGAUUCAUCUACUACGACAAUACCUGGAAGAAGCCUUCUACUGAGGAUUCUUUCUCGAAGUAUACAAGGCGGAGAAGAUGGAUACGUACUGCAGAGCUGUUGAGGAGCGACGCGUUCGAUAUUAAUGGCUUGGGAAGUACUACUAGCUCCCCCGAUGUUGCAGCUCAAACUGUUGAGGUGUCUGGAGAAACGAAUGCCAAGACGGAAGGAGUGGAGCCACCAUCAACAAUUCUUGAGAACGUAAAAGAACUAGAGUCUUUCAGACGGAAGGUUUCAUUCAAUGAUCAAAACGACAUCCACAUUAUUCCACCUGCGAAAGAAGCUGACUACAAGAAAACGCCCCAUUCCGCGGUUGCCGACGAUGAAGACAACGGGAGCGAAUUUCUGGCAAAGGCAGGGCCCGAGCCAGAGUAUUCGACACUUCCAAAUGCCCAUGACGGGCUCAAAGAGUCGACAACGCACAUGCCUGACACGGAAUCUGAGACCAAAAAAGAUGUAUAA